AUGUCCGAGCAGAAUUCAUUAGGGAAUGCUGAAGCAUCUCCAAAAGUAGGGACCAUUUCUUCAAUCGACCAAACUGCAAAAUCACAGCAUAACCAAGAAAAAGAAGAAGAAACUAAAGAGACAGAACUUAAUGAACUUGAAAAACAAAAACACAAGGAUAAAGGUGUCGCAAAUGUAGCAGAUGCAAACGAAAUAUGUAGCCAUGCGGUAAACGAAUCUCAAGUGCCAGAAAAAGAAACUGAAGAUAUUGCUGCCAAUGAAGACGAGAAUGAUGAUGACGAUGAUGAAGAUGAUGACGAUGACGACGAUGAGGAGGAGGACGAUGAUACCGACGCUAGCAGCAGCUCAGAAGUUGGUUCUGAAGAAGGCGAAGAUUCCGAAUCAGUCUCAGGGGAAAGUGCUGCCAGCAGCUCUGCUGAAGACGAGGAAUCUGAUGAAAGUGAUGGAAAUACAUCAAAUGGCUCGUCUGGCGAUGAAAGUGUAUCAGAAGAAGAAGAAGAAAAUGUUGACGAACCUGUUGCCAUUGAACAAAAUAUUGCCCCCACCAGCGAUACUACUGCCACACAGUUUACUCACACAAAAAAUAUUUCACCAUCCUCAAAUGGUCCGAAUAUAAACUCAACUAUAAUUUUAGUGAAGACUACGUUAGAGACUAUUUUGAGUGAUAAGGACAUUAAAAAAAAUUCCAGUGCUCAAAAGGCCAUUGAAAGAACAUUGCAAAAAUUCAAAGAAUUCGAUCCGCAAGCCACAAGUACCCCCCAUUACGUGGAUUCCAUAUUGGUCUUCGAAGCCUUGAGGGCAAGUUGUCGCACUAAAUCUUCCAGAAUUCAAAGCUUGGCUUUAGAUUGUCUGUCAAAACUGUUUUCCUUCAGAUCCCUCGACGAAACGCUGCUAGUGAAUCCUCCUGAUUCUCUAGCUUCUAACGACCAACAACAAAACGUGGCCGAUGGUAUAACACCACCUCCAAAGCAAAAAGUUAUAGAUGCUGCGAUUGAUACCAUUUCCGCCUGUUUUCAAGGUGAAGGUACUGAUGAACGCGUGGAAUUACAAAUCGUAAGAGCUCUAUCUAGUUGCAUUUUAGAGGAAGAUUCAAGCUCUUUAUGCCACGGAGCUUCCUUGUUAAAGGCUAUCAGGACAAUUUACAACGUUUUUGUCUUUUCAUUAAACGCAUCAAACCAAGGUAUUGCUCAAGCCACCUUAACACAAAUCAUUAGUUCAGUGUACGAUAAAAUUGAUCUCAAACAAACUGUUUCUUCAACAGUCUCUUUAUCAACAAAAAGCCAUCAGCAACAGUCCGCCACAGAACUUUCCGAACUUUCUGAGAAUGUAGAAACGCCAGUUCCGUUAACUUUAGAGAAUAUGGAUAAAUUGAACGACGAUGAAGAGAGAUUGAUGGAUACUCAACAACCAGAGUCGAAUGCUAUCACCAACCAAGACCUCGCGGUUAAGGACGCAUUCUUAGUCUUUAGGGUAAUGGCGAAGAUAUGUGCUAAACCACUAGAAACAGAACUCGACAUGAGAGCACACGCUGUAAGAUCGAAACUUCUGUCCCUUCACAUCAUUUAUUCCAUCAUCAAAGACCAUAUUGAUGUCUUCCUUUCGCAUAACAUUUAUCUACCAGGAAAGGAGCGUGUUUGUUUUAUCGAUUCAAUCAGACAAUACUUGCGUCUUGUUUUAUCAAGAAAUGCUGCCUCUCCCUUAGCUCCUGUUUUCGAAGUUACUUUAGAAAUUAUGUGGUUACUAAUUGCUAAUUUGAGAGCAGAUUUUGUAAAGGAGAUUCCAGUUUUUUUAACAGAAAUUUACUUCCCUAUUUCAGAAUUAACUACCUCUACUUCCCAACAGAAAAGAUAUUUUUUGAGUGUUAUCCAACGAAUUUGUAAUGAUCCAAGAACUUUAGUUGAAUUUUAUUUGAAUUAUGAUUGUAAUCCUGGAAUGCCAAAUGUCAUGGAGGUAACUGUUGAUUACUUAACAAGGUUGGCUUUAACUAGAGUGGAAAUUACUCAAACUCAAAGAUCGUAUUACGAUGAACAGAUAUCAAAAUCCUUAUCCACCUACAAUUUCUCCCAGUUACCCCUUUUGACUUCUUCCAACUUAUCUUCGAGUCCUGAUAUCGGCCAGGUCAAUUUACUUUUCCCCCUUGAUUUUGCCCUCAAAAUGGUGUCACUGAAUUGCAUUGUAUCAGUUUUGCGUUCUUUGAGCUCGUGGGCUCACAAAGCUUUGAAUCCAAACCCCAAUUCCGCUAAUAAGGUCACGCUAAACACAACAUCGUCAGGGCCCCAAGAAUCUAGAUCAUCUCUUAAUAAUGAUGUGGCCAGUAACGACGACAUCAAACCAUCAUAUGAAGAUGAAGAGAGUAGAUCUUUGAGUAGUCAAAAUAUUGACGCGGAUGACCCCACACAAUUUGAAAAUUUGAAGUUAAGGAAAACUGCUUUGUCAGAAUGUGUUUUCUUUUUUAAUAAUAAACCCAAAAAAGCUAUUCCUCUACUUAUUCAAAAGGGAUUUUUGAAGGAUGAUUCUCCAAAUUCAAUUGCCAAGUGGCUACUAAAAACUGAGGGUUUAGAUCUGGCUGCCAUUGGUGAUUACUUAGGUGAAGGUGACGACAAGAACAUUGCUAUCAUGCACGCUUUCGUAGAUGAAUUCGACUUUACCGGUAUGUCUAUUGUUGAUGCAUUAAGAUCAUUUUUACAAAGCUUCAGGUUGCCUGGCGAAGGUCAAAAAAUCGAUAGAUUUAUGUUGAAAUUUGCUGAGAGAUUCGUUGACCAAAACCCUGGAGUCUUUUCAAAAGCGGAUACUGCAUACGUGCUAUCGUACUCUUUAAUAAUGUUAAACACGGAUUUGCAUUCGUCACGGAUUAAGAAUAAAAUGUCUUUGCAGGAGUUUUUUGAAAACAAUGAAGGAAUUGAUAAUGGAAGAGAUUUGCCGAGGGAGUUCUUGGAAGGUCUAUUCAAUGAAAUCGCUAAUAAUGAAAUUAAACUGAUUUCCGAACAGCAUCAAGCAAUGCUUACAGGUGAUACCAAUCUUGUUCAACAACAACAAUCUGCUUUCAAUUUUUUCAGUUCUCGUGAUUUAACAAGGGAGGCAUAUAAUCAAGUCUCGAAAGAAAUUUCAUCUAAGACUGAAUUAGUCUUCAAAAAUCUGAAUAAGAAUAAAGGAAGCCCAGGUAUCUAUUAUGCUGCAUCUCAUAUUGAACAUGUUAAAUCCAUUUUUGAAACACUUUGGAUGUCCUUUUUAGCAGCAUUAACUCCACCGUUCAAGGAUUACGAUGACAUCGAUACAACAAAUAAGUGCUUAGAAGGCUUAAAAAUAUCGAUAAAAAUUGCUUCCACCUUUAGAAUCAAUGAUGCUAGAACCUCUUUUGUGGGUGCUUUAGUCCAGUUCUGUAAUCUCCAAAACCUUGAGGAAAUCAAAGUCAAGAAUGUCAACGCAAUGGUAAUUCUUCUUGAAGUGGCUUUGUCCGAAGGAAAUUACUUGGAGGAAUCAUGGAAGGACAUCCUACUCGUGGUGUCUCAAAUGGAAAGAUUGCAGUUAAUAUCUAAGGGUAUUGAUAGGGAUACUGUCCCCGAUGUCGCACAAGCACGUGUUGCAAAUCCUAGAGUUUCUUAUGAAUCAUCACGAUCCAAUAACACAUCAUUUUUUGAUGUCUGGGGUAAGAAGGCGACUCCAACCGAAUUGGCUCAAGAAAAACAUCACAAUCAAACCUUAUCGCCCGAAAUCUCUAAAUUUAUAUCUUCCAGUGAAUUAGUCGUUCUGAUGGACAAUAUAUUUACCAAGAGUUCGGAGUUGUCAGGUAAUGCUAUCGUUGAAUUCAUCAAAGCGUUAACUGCCGUAUCUUUAGAAGAAAUCGAAUCAUCUGAAAAUGCUUCUACUCCAAGAAUGUUUUCUUUGCAAAAAAUGGUUGAUGUUUGUUACUAUAAUAUGGAUCGUAUCAAAUUAGAAUGGACGCCACUUUGGGCUGUUAUGGGAAAAGCCUUCAACAAAAUUGCUACAAACUCUAACCUAGCUGUCGUUUUCUUUGCUAUCGAUUCUCUGCGUCAAUUGUCAAUGAGAUUUUUAGAUAUUGAAGAAUUAUCAGGCUUUGAAUUUCAACACGAUUUUUUGAAACCUUUUGAAUACACGGUACAAAACAGCGGUAACACUGAAGUUCAAGAAAUGAUUAUCGAGUGUUUCAGGAACUUCAUAUUAACAAAAUCAGAAAGAAUUAAAUCAGGUUGGAAACCUAUUCUUGAAUCUUUACAAUAUACGGCUCGCUCAGGCACAGAAUCUAUUGUAUUAAAAACCCAAUUGUUGGUCAGCAACGAUAUUGUAACCAACCACUUUGAAAACGUAUUUUCCCAAGAAGAUGCCUUUUCUGAAUUGGUUGGCGUCUUCAGAGAAAUCACCAAAAAUAAAAGAUUUCAGAAACUAUCUCUACAUGCCUUGGAGUCACUAAGAAAGAUGACGCAGAACGUUGCUGAUAUUUGCUUCUAUAAUGAAAGCAAGACGGAAGAAGAAAGAAAACACAACAAUACUCUGCUACGUGGGAAAGAUAUAUUCCAGGAUGUGUGGUUCCCUAUGUUAUUCUGCUUCAAUGACACCAUAAUGACAGCCGAAGACCUAGAAGUAAGGUCACGUGCACUAAACUACAUGUUCGACGCUUUGGUGGCAUAUGGUAGCAAAUUCAAUGAUGAAUUCUGGGAAAAAAUUUGCAAGAAAUUGCUAUUCCCUAUUUUUGGCGUAUUAUCAAAGCAUUGGGAAGUCAACCAAUUCAACAGUCACGAUGAUUUAAGUGUGUGGUUAUCAACCACAUUAAUCCAAGCCUUAAGGAAUCUGAUUGCUCUUUUCACGCACUACUUUGAAUCGCUGAACAAGAUGCUUGAUGGAUUUUUAGGUCUACUGGUAUCGUGUAUUUGUCAAGAAAAUGAUACUAUUGCCAGAAUUGGGAGGUCUUGCUUACAACAAUUGAUACUACAAAACGUAACCAAAUUCAAUGAAUAUCACUGGAUCCAAAUAGGUGAUGUAUUUGAUAAGUUAUUUGAUUUAACCACUGCAAAUGAAUUGUUCGAUUAUGAUCCGUUGCAGCAAGGAAGAAAGCCCUCUGUUUCUCAUCACCAAACGGCAAAUGAUGCUAGCCAACAGUCAGAUAAUGAUAAUAACGAUGUUGAUGAAGACAAUUCCAAUAUCAGUGAAACUGUGGAAAGAGCGCAUCAGGAAGAAUCCAGUGAAGAUGUCGGCGGCGACAUGGUUGAAGCGCUCAACGGGGAAACCAAAUUGAAUAACGGUAAUGCCAUUCCGACAGCGAAGAACGAAUUAAACUCGAAAGCUGCUACUUUGAAUGUUCCUAGGAGGUCUAAGCAUAUGAAACGUAACGAAAGUAACGAAGAUAUACGUCGGAGAAUAAAUGUCAAGAACUCCAUUGUUGUCAAAUGCGUUUUACAGCUCUUGAUGAUAGAAUUGCUGAACGAAUUAUUUGAAAAUGAGGAUUUCGCCCACUGCAUUCCUUUUAAGGAGGCCAUUAGAAUUACAAGAUUAUUAGAGAAAUCUUAUGAGUUUUCUCGUGAUUUUAACGAGGAUUAUGGAUUGAGAACAAGAUUAGUAGAAGCUCGAGUGGUUGAUAAAAUUCCAAAUUUGUUGAAACAAGAAACCAGUGCUGCCGCCGUUCUCCUUGACAUUAUGUUUCAGUUAUAUCUGAACGAUGAUGAGAAGAAGACUGACUUAAUAAGUCGUUUGAUUACUAUUUGCAUCCAGGUUGUCGAGGGUUACGUUUCCUUGGAUGAUAGAACCAUGGAACGUAGUAUCAAUGCUUGGCGUUCCGUGAUUGUUGAAAUCCUACAAGGUUACUAUGAAUUUGACGAUGAAGACUUCAGAUUGUAUUGUCCAGCUAUGUAUGCCUUGGUAAUCCAAAUAUUAGACAAGAGCGUUCCAACAGAAUUAAGACAUGCUGUCAAGCAAUUUUUAAGUAGAAUUGGUGAAUUAUACCUUUCUACCGAUUAA